AUGUUCCAUUCACCGAUUCACAAGUGGCUCAGAAAGCGUUCACCCCCCGUUAAGCCAGAGAACAUGGCCAAACCACCAGUCACACACCAAACCUCCAUCAACGUCCAAAACCCCCAUCACAAACACUUCCCUCCACAAGCAACGCCAGCAUCACUCCCUCGUCACCCAGCGUCACAAGCUCCCAUGGACACUCCCACCGCGGCCGCAGCCACAGACAUGGCCCAGUGCGACAAGUGCAAGAGGUGGUGGCCCGGUCCCAAGCUCACCCGCUGCGACACCUGCUUCACAAAGACGUGCCUCCGGUGCCAAUGCGAGCUCGCCGGCGGCCUACACUCGCACGUCAACGACUGCUUCGCCUUCCCCAACAACCCGGGCGUCGCCUUCGAUCCGCUCCUCCGGCCGUCGCUCGCCGCCUUCUCGCCGCGCCAGGGCCUCCUGCAGCCCAUCCAGCGGCCCUUCACGGCCAUGCUCGAAAGGACGUGGAUCCACGACCGCCCCAGGGAGGACACGUUCCGCCUCCUCAUCGACUCGUACCGCCUCCGCCUCCACGACGCGUUCCUCUUCGAGGGCCAGACUCGGCCGGGCACCAUCUACAGCGGGGGCGCCGACUCGCAGGGCGACUUUGUCCAGUCCUUCCUCCGGGUCGCGUGGCAAAGGGGCCUGCUGCCGCCGUGGUGGACGCAGGAGACGCUCCUGCAGUGCCGGGACAUGGGCAUGGCCGACUUCCAGUUCCACUCGCUCAGGCGGCAGCUCACGCAGGCCAUGGUUGUCGACUACUACCAGGACGCGACGUUUCCCACGCAGCUGCGCCUGUUUGCCGAGGAUGUGGUCGGGAGGGGGACGUGCCUGAAGAGCUGUCGCCCGUGCCUCGACGCGCUGGUCGACAUGGAGGACGACGAGGCCGGCGGCACGAGGGUCUUUGACUGGAACGCAUACAACACGGCCUAUGUUCACCAGGACUGGGAGCGACUUUGA